AUGAGGUCAUUGUUCGAUAACUCUUAUUUGCUUGUAUCUCUCGAGAAUCACAAAGCAAUUCAAAUGGAGAGGAAACAAACAAGGCCUGUUUAUUUACCGUUGCUCACAAACCAAAAUGUUUUGGUUCGUUCGUUCAGGAAGGUAAACAGGUGUUAUCUCGCUUGGUUUGUUGCCAUACUUCGCUACGUGAUGCGUAAACUGAAAAUUUUGUUCUUUAAAGAUCAACAUACUGUGCUGGGAAUGAAUCUGAGGGUUAAGUUCCUGUGUUUUGUUUUUGUUGGUCUAAUUUUCGUCACGAUUAUGAUAAUGAAAUUUGGACCCGCUACUUCAGGUCAGUGGAAAAGAUCUUUAGACUACGAGAUUAUGUGUUUACCUAAACAACAAGUUUAUAUCAAUGGGCGAUUCGUAUGUGGAAAUAGCCUUGGAGUGAAAUAUUUGUCUUAUCAACCUCCCGGCGGGGGAUGGAAUAACCAGCGCGUUGCUUUCGAAAAUGCAGUAAUUUUAGCCAAGUUGUUAAACAGAACUCUUAUAGUUCAUCCAUUAGCACCACACCAGGAAAUACUUCGUUUGAAGAGAAGUCGAAAGAUGUCUGCUGGCUAUGAAAUAUACAACAUGUUACCCGCAGACAAGUUGCUGCCACUGUCUAGAGUCAUUGACCUGAAGGAGCUGUCUAAACUACUUCCAGUCAAGGAAGUCAUUUCUAGUCAUCAACAGUUUGUAAAAGACUAUCAACAUUUAACUUGGAGGCAAGUUUGUCACAACAGUCUUGUAGGGAUAUGGGUUGACGCGAUUCCAGAAAAAAAGGAUAAAGAAAAAUGGAGACUUCUUCGACAGUACAUGGACUCGAAUUUGCCAAGUCCUGGUGAGUUACCCCUCUAUCGUCGAAUCUGCACAAAAGAAUUGAAACAGUUCGACAAUUCAAGCUUUCGACCUGUGUGGGGAAUCUGGGAUGAGCUGUUGGACAAAACAGAAGAAAUGCUGUAUUUUUCCGAAGGAUCCUUGUACAAUAGGGAAUUGUUAUUUUUCGAUAAGAAAACUGUUUUAAGCAUUCAUGAUUGGACCAUGAGAUUCGUUCAUUUUGCGCCUGACAUUCGCAAAAGGGUCAUGGCCGUUUUGCGAACAAUAGGUCUUCCUUUCAGUGCAAUCCACGUUCGAAGGACAGAUCAUCCCUCCAGCUCUGGCGUGGGGCAGGAGUUCUGGUUAAAACGUUUAAAGGUGCGCGAUGCUCUGAACUUAACAAAAACACUUUAUAUUGCAACUGAUGAACAAAACAAGACUUGGUUUAAGCCCUUCACUGACGAAGGAUACAGCUUAUUUUUCCCUGAAGAUUUUCACGCUCAUCUACGCUUUGAAAGUGAAAAUUUGGCUUUCGUUCAAGACUUAUUGGGCUUGUGUGAGCAGUUAAUUUGCGCCUAUGCAGAUCAUUUCGUCGGAUCAUAUUAUUCCACGUUUACUAUGUAUAUUAAGCGAUUAAGGAAACAAUUCUCGUGGAAGAGUAGAAUGUUAAGGAAGCCUUACACCACAAUAGUGUGGAUUGGAGCAACUGAUAACAAAACAUAAUUUUUACCUUUUGAAAUACUGGAGAGGGUUUUGUGGCCGCCAUCUUGGAUAGCAUUAGUCUAGUGCCAGGCCUCCCACGUCAGCUUUUUCUUGGUAAUUGCAGUUAAACUGCAUGCAUAGCUUGACGUACAAAACAAUUAAAGAAAGAAAGAAAACUGCCCCUUGCAAGUCUACCGUAUCAUUGAGGCGUUUCGGUGAAAAAUACCCAGGCUCUCUCUGAGAUUCAUGGAGCUAGGGCCCAGUCUUAGGAUGAACUUUGGAAAAUUGUUUUAUGAUUUAGAAAAUUAACUAGCGUUUUAUACAUUGAAUUGAGUUUUGGGAAACUGAUUUGUGUUUAGGUAAAUGGUUUUCUGUUUGACCUUUUUGGGCCAUCAUAAUAUGUGUUGAAGUGAGAACUUAUAUCCGAGAGGCAAAUUGAAAAUAUCAUUUUUCAAGCCUAAGUUCAAACUAUAAAAAUCCAAAAGGAAUCUAAACAAAUACAAAUGUAAUAACAAGAGCCAAAGUUUAACCAAUUCCUCUGAGAUGAUACUCUCGUCAGCUUUCGAGUCACGUCGUAGUUCAAAAAAGACAUCAAAAGCGCAACGACCUAGGUCUUAUCACUUAUAAAUUUACAUGACAGUAUGAAAAUAAAAGAUCACAAGCCUAAACAUCCUUAAUGCAAACUUCCAAGGCUAAAGGAAAACAACUUCUCUCAUGUUUAGUGGCAGGGCGCUCAUAAUUGAGAGAAUAGGACAAACAACCACAUGAACCCAACUUUUUCACUGCUUGUAUUAUUCCUCGCGCCUAUGUGGUUUGGAAAAACAAUACGCAACUCGCAAAAUAUCCGC